AUGGACACAGAGUCCGAGACAGCAGCGCUGCCGGAGAGGAGGAUCCAAAAGGGAGCAGUCCUGUUGUCCGAGACCGAGUUCGACUAUAUGGGGCAUCCUGACGGGGUGGGCCUCGGUCGUGCAGGGCUUAAGUGUGAGUUGAAGGCUGCGGACAAGUUUCUAUGCGGUCUGGACGGCGCCAAGGCAAUCCAGCCGAAGCUCAGGGGCGAAGGGUCAGCCGAGUGGGAGACGCAGGUCGCGUGGGAGGAUCUCUGGGAGCUCUUCGAGGUGCGCCGGUGGCUCAGUGCACGCACUGACCGGUGGGAGUGCUUCUCCACCGGGCUCAAGAACAUGCUGCCGGUCAUGGAACGCUUGAGCCUGCCCAUGGAGUGGGAGAAGGGCCCUAACCGAUGUGGAGCGCACAAGCCCAGACCCCGAGAUGGUGAUCCACAUGGGGGAGAUGCAUACCGCGAGACCGGAUGCUGCCACAACGAGUCGGAGCGCGAGGAGUUGUGGGCCAUGCAGGGUCGUUUGGUCAACGAGAUGCCGAAUGACCUGACAGAGGAGGACGCGGUCGUCGAGGGGACGAGGGCCACGGGACAGCAGACGGCAGCCAACUUGCUCUCCUUCGCAGGGGCGCUACUCUGCGAGAUCAUUGAGCGAGAAGCCACUCAGACUGAGGAGCACGGAACGAAGGAAGCGGCGACGGGAGAGUUCGGGCGGGCUCCACCGAUCUAUGAGCGGCCCAGUGGCAAAGCGGGGGGAAGCCAAAGAGUUUCCCGAGUGGUGCAGCAAUGGGCCGAAGCUUGGUGGUGGCAACAGCGCUUCCCGGACUUCAUUGAGGAGGAGAACGAGGUCUACUUCGAGGAGGAGUCCCGCUACGCUGGGGGAAGAAAGAAGAAGGACCCCCUCAGGAUCGCGGAGGCCAUCGGUAACCAGGUGGUGCACGACUUGAACAAGGCCUUUGCCCCCUUCUGUGGUGAUGUGAAAGAAAGAGUCGAUGAGUGGCUGGAAGAAACAUGGCAGGCGACAAAAGCCCAGCCACGGAACGGGCCUAUGGGGGAGCUUGGAGCAAGUGGUGCGCCUGGGCCCGCCGACAAGGGUGGGAAGAUGAGCCAAGCAACGGAGGUGACUCUCUACUUCCGGAAGACCAAGAAUGACCAGCUCGCCUUUGGAGACAGCAAGACGCUUCAAGCUACAGGGCAAGAGUACCUUUGCCCGGUCCAAGCGGAAAUGGAGGCCAUGAGAAAGGUGUGGACUAUGAGGUUCCAAGAAGGCCAUGCGGAAAGCCUGAAGCCCCUGUUCAGGUGGAGCUCCGGCCGGGUCAUCCGCAGAGUGGAGAUCCAACACCUGCUGCAACUGGCAGCCACAGGCGUGGGCUUGCCACCAGAGCGCUUCAUGAUCCACUGCUUGAGGAUUGGAGGAGCUUCCACCUCCGACAUCGAGCUGGUGAAGAGGAUGGGGCGAUGGUCAUCGUCGGCGGUCCAGAGAUACCUGUUCGAUGGAGGAACGGCGAGUGCCUCUUCCCAACGGAUGGUCCAAGGUGGUGGAAAAGGCCGAGAAGAGAAGGUGAUGAGGGCCACCAAGGCCUGUUUCAAAGCACAUGCCUAUCCUGCCGCUCUGCCUGCUUCGCAACAAGGCAGCAUGGAAAGGCCACAAAAGCCCUUGGAGCCUUCGAAAGAGCAGCCACUUGACAUGGCACCGUGCCUUGCACUGUACAUGGCGCAGGUGGAGUCUCAUGCCGACACCUUGGCAAACGAGCUCUCCACGCACAGCCUCUCCCUUCCAAUUGACGUGAAAUGA